CGGGCUUGUCGAUGGUAGUUCCGGUGAAGCCCAGUCCGAAGGCAUGGAUGUUUCUGGAGCCUUUCACUCUGGGAAUGUGGUUAGCUGCCGCCUCUGUUUUGGUCUACACCAUGUUCAUAGUUUGGUUCGUGGAACAUCGGUCCAAUCCAGAUUUCAGUGGCCCGUGGAAUGACCAACUCGGAAAUGCUCUCUGGUUCACCUUCUCUUCACUUUUCCUGGCUCACAGAGAGAAGAUUCAAAGCAACUAUGCCCGGAUUGUGGUAGUGGUGUGGCUUUUUCUAGCGUUGGUGUUAACGCAAAGCUACACCGCCAACCUCACGUCAAUGCUCACGAUCUCACGACUCCGACCGAAACUACUGUCCCAUUCAAAUGUCGGGUGUGAUGAAAAUUCAUUCAUGAAGAAAUACGUUGAAGGAGUGCUUAACUACAAGAAUGUAAGUCUCAUCAGUGACGAAGAUGCGUAUCUCAGGGCAUUUGAGACGGGCAGUAUCUCAGCAGCGUUCCUCGAGAUCCCUUAUGCCAAAGAUUUUGUCAAUAGAAAUUGCAGGAAAUUUAACAUCAUUGGAACCACAUAUAGAUUUGGAGGAUUUGGCUUUAUAUUCCAAAAAGGUUGUGGAUUAGCUGCUGAUGUCUCGAAAGCCAUUCUCCAACUCUCAGAGAACGGGACUCUUAAAAUGCUAGAAGAGAAAUGGUUAACUCCCGACAAAGAGUGUUUAAAAUCUGAAACUAUGACGGAGAACAUUGAUAGCUUGAGCCUCCAAAGCUUUUGGGGCCUGUUCCUCUUCUCAGCUGCCACUUCCUCUGUUUGUUUUCUUCUAUUCCUUGGGCACUUAGUCAGGGACUACCUCCGUCAUCAGUCAUCUCAAGUGGCUGACGUGAAUGCAAGUAAUGAGAGCGUUUCGAUCAAGACGGUUAGAGUUGCACGGUACUUGAUGAAUGCAGAGAUUGGAAGCCCAUGGAGAUCUCCAUCCUCCGAUCGGGCAGUGCCUGAAACUGACAUGUGCUAAAUAUUUGGAUUUUGUCUGGUGGAGACUGUAACUUGCACUCCGUCUAUUCCAAUUUUUUAGUCUUUUUCAGAAGUUUAUGUCACUUUUCGAUUGAUCAUAUCUUGUAAUCUAUUUUUAAGUGAUUUUGAAAAGUUUGUUUAAUAGUACUA